GAGAUGUCCAGAACAUUGUGGUCUUUUUUUUCUCUCAUCAGAUUUUGCUGUUCAUUUUUUUUGGCUUUAUAGAUAUUUCUUCCCUCAUCACUACUUACUCACUCAUUUUUUUUAACUUUCAACGUCCGGAAGUUCAAAUGCCACUGACUCGAGCAACUCUUGUCAAUGCACCUCGGUACAAUGGAAAAGAAAGCCUUGCGUCGUUCAUACGAUCAUUGAAUGUUUAUCUGGCAAAGAGGCGAAAAGGAUACUUCCGUACUUGCUCACGGGAUCCGUUCGAGACGCCUACGACAAGAUUCCUGAAGACAUCAGAGAAGGGAGUUGGAACGGCAUUCUUGAUCGUUUACAAGGAGAAUACCACACCGAGACAAUCGGACCUUGAUGGCGCAGGCUGAGCUCACAGUCGUCAAACAGGAAGAUUGUCAAACAGGAAGGUCGAACAGGAAGGAGGAAUGAGGAGGUCGUGGAAAAGUUUUUCGAGGUUUGCAAGGAAAUCGCUCAACAAGCGUACCCAGCAAGUUUGGGGAGAUUUCUCAGGCAUCGAUGAGAUUGGAAGAUUAGAAUCCAACAUAGGCACAGCCGCUGUUUGUUAAAACCGAAUCCACGUUCCAUAUUUUGAACAAUGGGACUCAACAUGAUGGUGAUUCGAACUCACCAAUCGACUGCUGCCGAGCUACGCGGUGUUCAGGAUGCUCUGCGUAGUGGCAAUAAACGUGUUCUCUCAUUUGGGAACGAACCGCCGUUUAUCAAAGAGGCCGGUGGUUCUUGCUAUGAAGUCAUCUUUUUUGGUCGAGCUCCAUCUACAUCUACGAAAUGAGAUUUUGAAGCGCUACAUCGCCUGAUCACCGACUAUUCCAACAGUUACCGCAACAUUACUACAACCGCCUCAAUGGCCCGCCUCUACGUCGCCACCUUAAUUUUCAUUUUUUAGAUUUAUUUAUUUUUAUUCAAAACAUUUUGAUAACUUAUUAAUAUUAUUUUACUCAACAAAGCCUAUGUUUCACCUUGUGUGGCGAAUAAAAUCAUUCGU